UUGAAAAAUUCAGAGUGUGCAAAAUGCAGUAUUUUAAGUUCCUGAAAACUUUGUGCUUCAUUGCGGUUGCUUCUUCAAUGGUAGUUGUCGUUUUCGGUGACAUAACUUGCAAUGUGUGCCAAAGUAAUCAUGCAAAGUGUGUGAAUGAGACCCACUUCAGUUUGUGCCUGGACGGAGUUCCACCGGACCAGGUGAUGCCGUGUCCCGAUGACCAGAUCUGCACCAGCACGGCCAAGUUCUGUAUGCCCAGGGGAUCGGUGGCACCUUCCUGCAUCUCGGAUGCCGACGUAGAGUGCCCCUCGUGCGAUGGAUCCUCCCUGUUCGUCUGUACCAGCCGCACCACCUUUCAAAUGUGCAAUGGAGAUACACUUUCCAGCCAGAUCACAAAGUGCAAGGAUAACACUUACUGUGCGAUAAGUCAGAGUAACUUCUGUGUGGACCGAUGCGAGGCACUAAGUUCAGCGACCGGUUUUCAGUGCGAUAGAGAGGCACCUUUAACUGGAUAAGUAUUAAAUCCAUCUUUAAACUAUCAAUUAAUCCAUUAAAGGGAAAGAUAAGUUGGAACUCAAAGAACAUGUUCAUUCUUAUUGUAAAACUAUACAAGAUCCCUGUAGAUUUUUUUGAUAUAAAGUUUAAUUUUUCAUUUUA